CAUGAUGUUGUACAGGAAAAACAUGUUCGUGUUAAUGUUAUGGCUGUUGUCUUCUUCUUGGGUUUUUUCAGUUUCAGCCACUGUUUCUUAUGACAGCAAAGCUAUCACCAUUAAUGGCAGAAGAAGGAUUCUUCUCUCUGGUUCUAUUCAUUAUCCCAGAAGCACCCCAGAGAUGUGGCCUGAUCUUAUAGCAAAGGCUAAAGAAGGUGGAUUGGAUGUUAUACAAACUUAUGUUUUCUGGAAUGGACAUGAGCCUUCUCCUGGAAAUUAUUACUUUCAGGACAGAUAUGAUCUGGUUAGAUUUGUUAAACUGGUUCAACAAGCUGGACUUUAUGUUAAUCUCCGGAUUGGUCCUUAUGUUUGUGCUGAAUGGAACUAUGGGGGGUUUCCUGUGUGGUUAAAAUAUGUUCGUGGCAUUGCUUUUAGGACAGACAAUGGACCUUUCAAGGCUGCAAUGCAGAAAUUCACAACUAAGAUUGUCAACAUGAUGAAAGCGGAGAGGCUGUUCCAGACUCAAGGAGGUCCAAUCAUUAUGUCUCAGAUUGAGAACGAAUUCGGACCGGUUGAAUGGGAAAUCGGCGCUCCCGGUAAAGCCUACACCAAAUGGGCCGCACAAAUGGCGGUUGGACUCAAAACCGGAGUCCCGUGGAUUAUGUGCAAGCAAGAUGAUGCUCCAGACCCUGUGAUAAACACCUGCAACGGAUUCUACUGCGAGAACUUUACUCCCAAUGCAAAAUAUAAGCCAAAGAUGUGGACCGAAAACUGGACUGGUUGGUUUACUGGCUUCGGUAGUGCAGUUCCUACAAGACCUGUCGAAGACAUAGCGUUUUCGGUUGCAAGAUUCAUACAGAACGGUGGUUCGUUUGUUAACUAUUACAUGUACCACGGAGGAACCAACUUUGGCCGGACUGCCGGUGGUCCCUUCAUUGCUACUAGCUAUGAUUAUGACGCUCCUCUUGAUGAAUACGGGCUUAAAAGGGAACCAAAAUGGGGACAUCUAAGAGAUUUGCAUAAAGCAAUCAAAUCAAGUGAACCAGCUUUAGUUUCUGCAAAUCCUACUGUGACAUCUCUCGGACGUAACCAGCAGGCUCAUGUCUUCAGGUCGAGGUCUGCAUGUUCUGCAUUCCUUGCGAACUACGACACGAAAUACUCUGUAAAAGUAAUGUUCGGAAAAGUUCAAUAUGACUUACCGCGUUGGUCUAUCAGCAUCCUUCCUGACUGCAAAACUGCUGUUUUCAACACUGCCAGGGUUGGGCCCCCGAGAUCUCAACCGGCAAUGGUGCCGGUAAACAGUGCAUUCUCAUGGCAGUCAUACAAUGAACAAAGCCCCACUGCUGAUGAUCGAGAUACAUUUGUACAUGAUGGGCUCUGGGAACAAGUAUAUCUCACAGCAGAUAAAUCAGAUUAUUUGUGGUACAUGACAGAUGUACAAAUCGGCCCUAACGACUUGAAGAAUGGACAAGAUCCUCUUCUCACCAUUUGGUCAGCAGGCCAUGCUUUGCAUGUUUUCAUCAAUGGUCAACUAGCAGGUACCGCAUAUGGUGGAUUAGACAAUCCAAAACUAACAUUCAGCAAAAAUGUCAAGCUAAAAACCGGGAUUAACAAGAUUUAUUUAUUAAGUGCUGCAGUCGGACUUCAGAAUGUCGGCACUCAUUUCGAGACAUGGAAUGCCGGUGUUCUAGGUCCGGUUACAUUGAAGGGUCUAAAUGAGGGGACAAGAGACAUAUCUAAGCAGAAAUGGUCUUACAAGAUUGGUCUGAAAGGGGAAGGCUUAAACCUUCACACUGUUUCUGGAAGCUCUUCUGUUGAAUGGGUUCAAGGAGCACAAUUGGUGAAGAAACAACCUAUGACUUGGUACAAGACAACUUUCAAUGCACCGGGAGGCAAUGAACCAUUAGCUUUAGAUAUGAGUAGCAUGGGAAAAGGGCAAGUAUGGAUAAAUGGCCAGAGCAUCGGACGCCACUGGCCCGGAUAUAUAGCUAGUGGCAGUUGCGGUGGUUGUGAUUAUGCUGGAACUUACACUGACAAGAAAUGUAGAACUGGCUGUGGGCAGCCUUCUCAAAGAUGGUACCAUGUUCCGCGUUCAUGGGUUAAGCCGAGUGGAAAUUUUUUGGUCGUGUUUGAAGAAUGGGGUGGUGAUCCAUCUAGAAUUGCUUUGGUUAAAAGAACUGCUUGAAGAAGCUCAGUUGAAACUACCUGCAACUGAAAACUAAAGAGAGAGAUUUGUGGUAAUGAAGUUCAAGCUGGUUCAUAUUCAGUACAUACAUACAGUCACAGCAAAGAAGAUAAACAAUAAAGUAAGAAGAGAGUGAAAGAACACAGUCUGUUCGAACAACAAUAAACAUUGGUCGUGAAAUGGUCGAAAAAGAACGUUUUAACGUACAUAGAGAGGCUACUAUUUGUCUAAUACAGCUUUAUAAAGCAUACUUAGAAUCAUUAGGAUUACUCUAGCUUUUGCUGGAAUCAUAUUAUGCAUGUCAAGUCUCUAGAGGCAAGCAAUUUUAUUGCUUCUCUUUGUAAAAGUAAAUGUAAAAGUAAUAAAUCCAAGCAUUUCAAUA